CAUUUCAGCAUUCCUCUUUCCUUAGUGUGUAUAUCCUGCUUGGUGUUGGUCCGAGCUGACAUCAUAACGCACGCUCCUGCGGGUCAGCUGUUUGUGUACGAGCUAAUGAGAGAAACCUACCAGAAUGAAUUCGAGCCAUUCCUCACACACUACGGACGUGUGUAUAAUGACCCCAUGGUGUUCAAGUGCAACAAGCAGCAGUUCCCAGACCUGCCACGCUGGCUGCGCUUCACACAGCGCCACCCGUAUGACAACGGCUUCCUGUACGGCACACCGCUGCCCCAAGACUUGGGCAAGAACAUCAUAGAGGUUUUUGUGACAAAUAAGCGAAGUUACGAGACUUUCAAGGAUCGGCUUGUUAUAAACGUUGGGCCGGCAGUCAAACAGAUGCCUUACCAGGCGGAAUUCUUCAUCGGACUUAGAGAGGUUGAGAAGGUCUUACCGAACGAGGUUCAGGAAGAGAUAAAACAGGACGUUCAGCUGAUCUGGGGGACAGACAGACUCGACUAUGUCAACAUCACCUCCGCUUUGGACCGUGGUGGACGUGUCCCUCUGCCUCUGCCUGGACACUACGAAGGUGUGUAUGUGAAGCUGGGGUCGGAUCAGCCCUACUCCAAGUGUCUGCUGAGGCUGCAGACAGCAGAUCACCUGCGAGAGUGUGAGGCUGGAGGGAAGAUCAGUGGAGACUGCAGUGUGUGCAGCAUCCCUGCUAACUGUGUGACCUGGUGCAAGUCAGCUCUGAUUGAUUUAUCCAGGCCUGUGCCUCCUACUCCAGCACCAACCAUGGGUUCAGGCAUUCUGGCAUGGGGAGGAGAGUUUCUCCCUCCUGCCUCUCCUCCUGAGAGAGACUUCAUCCCUGACUACAUAAUUACCGUAAUUGUACCCUUCAUUCUCGCCAUCCUCCUUUGCCUGAUUCUAGCUUACGUCAUGUGCUGCAGGAGAGAAGGAAUUCAGAAACGUGAUGCCAUUACUCCAGCGCUCCAACUUUACCAUCACCACACCAUCCACGGGAACAGCAAUGAGCUGCGGAACAUGGCAGGCAACCGUAGUAGUGCGCCACAGCCUCUGUCCACACUGCCCAUGUUUAAUGCCCGAACUGGACAGAGGGCACCUCCUGAUUAUCCUUCCGACAGUGUCCACAUCCCCCUCAUCAUGGCUCAGCAGGAGCCUAAUGUUGACACACUGCCCAGGUAA